AUGAAUUUACGAUAUUCUUUUGCCAUAUCUUCUGAGCCAGCAGCGGCUUUGCCCGACGGAGCACAACAGCAGUCAUUUUCAAUCAGCCUUUGCGCAACCCCCCUCCUCGCAUAUCAUACUCACCGUCCACACAACAUAACUUCCAAUUUUACUGAAAAAGAAAUUACACGACAGAUCUUGCUUAACAUUUCCCCCAUAUGCUGUUUCGUGUUUUACUUGGUCCUUACCCUCUGCCGCAUCAUUUUCUUUCUGCAUUUAUGUCUGACGAAGCCUUUCUGCCAUGCAAAUGUUCAGUCAUGCUCCGCGCUUACAUUGCUCGUCGACCUUCGCCAUGUCGCCAUGUCGCCAUUGUAUGCUCCUCAGCCUCCUAUUUGA